CGAAGGCGGAGCGAGGGCUCCCCGGAGGAGCCGGUCGGAGUCGGCGCUGCUGCUGCUGCUGCUGUUGCCGCUCUGCUGUUCCGGCGGCGCCUCGCGGGGUUGCCUGGCGAGGGCGGGAAGCGCCGCUCCGUUGUCCCGCCCGAGAGCGCGGCGUCGGCGAGCUGCAGAAGAAGACAGGCGGCCAUGGAAGGCAGCGGGAAAGAAAAGGAAGCACCACCAUCCAGCCUGUAUGAACCGAACAGUGAUGGGUCUCAUGACCAUGUGCAGAGGGAACUUUCCUCUUCUAGCCGUUGCGAGCUUCCAGAACAAGAAUGCUUGAAGGAGAACUGGGGUUCAUACGGCCGACUUGUGGAUAAACACAGGACCAGGAUGAAGGAAGCCUUGCCUAGCCUUACAGGGAAAUCUGAGGAGAGUUCCUUGGAAGAAACGCAGAGCGAAAGUGAAACAGAAAGGUUGUGGGAAGACACCAUUCAGGAUGAAGUCGCUUUUCAGAAAAAGCUCCACGAAGCAGAGUUGGCAAUUGGUUCAGCAGAAAUGUUCCUGCCGUCUUUUAAAGAAACUCUAACUAGAAUUUCAAAGGCUUGUUACGUUUCUGCAGCAGAUAUGAUAAAGAUUUCUAUGCAAGAGGAUUUACUGGUAAUGGAGCUAGGGGCUCUCAAAAAUAUGAAGGGACUGUUACAGCAGCUACUUAGAUCAAGCAAGGAAAAAGAAAUUAUCAGUACGCAGAUUGAAGAUUUGAUUUGGAAGUUGACUGAAAGCGAAACUGAAGCUGUAGAACUCAAGCAUGAAGUGCUUCGAAAAGAAAGGUAUAUUUUAGAGCUUUCUACUCAGCUUCAGCAUGAGAAAGCUAAUGUGUUAAAAGCAUCUCGUCAUUCCGAAUCAACACAGUUGGUGCAGACACACUUGCAGUGCCAGAUAGAGAGAAAGGAGGCUGAGAAUAAUCAACUGAGAACAAAAUUUAAGACAGUAGAAAAGAACAUUACAGAAUGGAAACAGCAAGUCGGAGAAUAUAAGCAGCAGAUUUUGGCUGAAAAGGACAGAAGAAAGGAGAGGCGGAAUGCUCUGAAAAGGGCGGCUAGUGUUCAGAAACAAAGAGCAGAACUUUUGAAAGCAGCUGUGGAGAGCUUAAUUUCCAAAAUUAGAGAGAAGGAAAUCCAAUUGUCUGAGGUACUUUCAGCUUGUAAUGUCUGGAAAAGUCAUCACAAGGCAGUGGUAGAUGAAAAAACCAGGUUAGAAGUUCAGGCUGAAACUCUGAAAAAGCAGAUAGCUGACCGUCUGAUGGAACUGAGAAGACUUCAAGAUGUCGGAAGGAGGUCGACGAAUGAGAUCCUUGGGAAGCUCAAUGCCAUCACCUCUGAAAAUGAAAAGAUUUCACUUGAAAAUACGAAAUUAAAGGCAUCUUUUGCAUCUUUGGAAGCGAGCAUUGUCUCGGCCGAAGCUGAACUUGUGGACUUACGUGAGGAGGCACAGCAGCAAGAAAAUAUAAUUGAACAUUAUAAAAAUGAGGUGGGGAAAUUAGAAAUGGAAGCUGAGGAACUGAAAGCCCGGUAUGAGAAGGUCAUACAUGAGGGCAAAAAACUAAUGGAUGGCAAAGAUUUAGAAAUUGAUGUGGUGAGGGGCCAGUCGGAGGCUCGCCUGAAGGAGUUAGAACAUGCCCGUGAUUUACAGAAAGCAGCCGAAGGGAAACUGCAGAAGUGUCAGGAAAGCCUGCUGGCCUGCCAAAAGAGCUGUGUAGAUAAAUCCAAAGCCAUUAGGGAACUUCAGGCUCAGGUAGUCGAGAACGACAGUUUCUUGAAACAGCUUGCUUUAGAAGAGGAGAAUCGCAACGUUCAGCUGAAAUACGAAGACGUUAAAAGAAAACUAGAAGAAAUGGAACUAAAGAACAAAGAGCUUGAAAAUCAGUUGGCAAGCCAAGAAGAUUGCCUUCAGAAAACGGAACUGCAGUUCAAACAGAAACUUGCGAGCUAUGAUGCGUUAACCAGACAACUGGAAGCAGCUUUGGAAGAUGGAAGGAAGAAGUUAAAAGAGGAGGUGGAAAAAAUCGCAUCGAAGGAGCAAGCCUUUCAGAUGAAAAUAUUGGACCUAGAGAAUCAAUUAAGACGGAAAAAAGAGGAGCAGAGGCACUUGUCUAGAAGACUGGAUGCUAGAGAGAAACACCGUCAAAUGUCCUUGAAAGAGUUGAACACAGCCUUCAAAGAUCAGAAAACCAGAACCAGAGUAUCCAGAAUUAUGUGAAGUUUCUGAAAACAUCCUACUUAACCAUGUUUGGUUGAAGUUUCUCGUUUCAGCAAGUAUCUCUGGGUUGGCGGGGGGCAAGCAAACUAUGGUAAAGCAAGACUUGGGCAUAGCACCAGACCAUAGUUUUUGCAAAACAAAGCCACGAUGGGUAAACCAGCAACAGGCAUUCAAACAAUCCAUAGUAAAUCAUGGCUUAGUAAACGAAGCCAGUUUCAAAAAAUCCUUUGGGUUGUUUUGUUUUUUGAAAAAAAACAACCCUUUGCAAAUCAGUUACAACUAAGAAAACAGGCAGCUAGUAGAAAUGUGAAUGUAGAGUAUACUUGUUCAUUACUUCUUUUUUACUGAAAUGGUUUUUAAAGGACUCAACUCCUGAUAAUUAUAUUGGUUUCACUAAAUUUUCUUGGUUUAUUGACUAUGAAAAGUCAGCACUGACUUUGGUUUUACAUUUAAUUUAUAAUAAAAAUUUGAACAUUU